AUGCAAAAUAUGAAAAGGAGCUCAGAAAAUCUCAGUAAGAGCAAAAAACCAAGGCCUGAUAUGGUAAAGUCAUAUUUAAAAAAGGACCCUGUGCUCAACCUAGACAAUGCGCCUGAUAUCGUUAAAAAAGCUAUGGGCUCAGAUAAAAUUAUAUCUGAUAAACUUAAAGAAACAUACAAAGGCCAAGAAAGCAUUUCUCUUGAUGACUCUUACGACUCAGACUCAAAAAAACCAUGACUAAAUGCAAAACCUCCUCAAAAAUCUCGAGAAUUAGUCCUUACCGUAAAAUCUCAUGCUUCAGAGCCCGCUAAACGAAUUCUCCCUGACUUUAAUAUUUUGCAAAAAGCCAAAAAAGACGACGAAGACAUUUCUCUCAACAAAUUGCUCCAGUGAAAUAAGCAGCUUGAAAGCCAAAAAACUCUCCCAGAAAUCCCUAAAAAGCGAGAAAAAACAGAUGCGCCAGAACCACGUAAAAUUUCUAAACAGGAUAAAAAGGUUGCGUUUAAGGUGAAUGAUUUCGUAAAGGAGGAAACUGAAAGAAAAAUCCAAGAGCAAGCAAAAGAAGCUGAAGAUGCUGAAAAUGCAAGACUGAGCCAAAAAGAGAAGGAUUUUAACAAUGCGAUGAAAUACCUUCAAAAAUCGCAAAAUAUGACCCCAGAAGAACAAGAAGCUCAGGCUAGAACUGCUAGAUAUCACAAUCGGCUAGUUAUAAGUGAAUUUUAUAAUUUUGUGCUGAGUUUAGACUUGACGAAUCCAGAUCCUCCACCUUUAGCGAGAAAAGCAAUACCAAUUGGAUUUAAAAAUGGGAAAUAUUACAGGGAAUUUUUUUUGCCGGCGUUUUUUGAUGAGCUGAGGGCUGAUAUUUUUUGUGCGUUAAAUCAGAAUGAUAUGUCUUCACAAUCUAUACCUAUUUGCAUAGACAUAAUUGGGAGGCUGGCUUUAUUCUUAUAAUAAAAAUUGGUUUUAGAGAAGAUUAAGCUAUUAUAAAAUCAAUUAAAUAAGUAUAUUAUAGAGCUAAGGUUGCAUAGCCUACAACAAGAAUAUGCAAUUGUUGUCCCUGGAGACGAGAAAUCAGGAAAUGUCUCAUUUUAUAAAUCAAUCAAACAAGACGAUUUAGUAAUCAUAAUUCCUUGCUCUACAAAAGUUGACAUACCACCGAGGUUUUCUGAAUGAAAUUCAGAAAAAGUGCCAGAGUAUUACUUAGGAGUAUGUGAAAGGGAAAACAGAGGCUGCAGCUGGCUGCUAAAAGUAAAAAACGAUUUUGCACAAAAAUUAGAAAGACCUGAAAUUUUUAUCGUAAUUUAUGCAGAAUCGCUCACCUCUUUAAUGAGGGAGUUCAAAAUGAUAAAAUUAGCUGAAUUUUUGGAUAUUGGGGAAUUUAUUAUGAACCCGAGCAUGAAAGGGAUAUGAUUUGCGCCAGAUUUGACAAAUGGGUAUAUAAAAAUGAUAGAGGAUCGCUACAACUCCUCCCAAAGUGAAGCAAUACAAAAAGUGUGCUCACAGAAUACAGGAAUCACUCUUCUGCAAGGCCCUCCUGGGACUGGAAAAACUCAUACUUUACUUGGCAUAAUGUCAUCAUUCUUACUCAUAAGGGCUCCUAAUAAUGAAAGGCCUCGCCUUCUCGUUUGCGCCCCUAGUAAUGCUGCAAUUGAUGAGCUUGCCUGCAGAACUGUAAAACAAGGACUAUUUGGGGAUGAUGGCAAAAAAAGACACGAUUUAUUAUUCGUUAGGCUUGGCCACGUAAAUCUUCAGCAUUUAGAGCUCAGACAAAAAAAUCCUAACGAUACCAGAGAAACUCCUAAAGAAGUAAAAAAAAUUACUGUGGAAUAUUUACUAUCAGAAAAAUUCAAAAAGCAAGGACUAACUGCUCCACAAGUAAAUAUAGACCAAUGGAAAAAUGAAUUAAAUAAAGUAGACGCAGCAUUAGUUAAAGCGAAAACAAAAGGUGAUAAAUCAGUUUUAGUGCAGCUUGAAGAAAAAAGGCGAGAAGUCCAAAAUAAUUUAUUUAGAGAAAAAGGUAUUAAAGCAAAAUUUAAAGAAAGAAAAAAAGAAUAUGAAAUGGAUUUAUUAGAAAAAGCUGACAUCAUUUUUUGUACUUUAAGUACUGCAGGGAGCAAAGAAAUGCAAGGACUUAAGAACAAGUUCACUUGUGUGCUAAUUGAUGAGGCUUGCCAAAGUGUAGAAUUAAGCACUUUAAUUCCCUUGCAGUAUGGAGCUAAACAUGUAGUUUUAGUUGGAGACCCAAGACAGCUGCCUAGCACUACCUUUAAUAAGCAUUCUCCGAAAGUUCUAUAUAACAGAUCUCUAUUUGAAAGACUUAUGGAAGGCGGCACAGAAGUAAUUAUGCUCGAAAUCCAAUACAGAAUGACCCCAGAAAUUUGUUGGUUUUCUUCAGAAUUUUUUUAUGAAUCUCGACUUCAGAAUGCCCCAGAAGUGCUUACAAGGCCGCGGCCUAAUUGGAUGCCUCAUAUUGACGUGAUGUUUUUUGAUUUAAAAACCAGUAAUGAGUCUAAGUCACAAGAAGAAACAAGCUUAUUUAAUAAACCAGAAGCUGACUUUAUUGUGCAAAUAUAUGAGAAAUUUUCAAAUUGGCAUCAGUCAAGGCUAAAUAUUGGAAUAGUUACGCCUUAUAGAAGGCAGGUAAAACUUAUAAGAGAAAUUCUUUAUAAAAAAUAUCAAGGGUUGUGGAGAAAAGAUAUAGAAAUUAAUACUGUGGAUGGGUUUCAAGGAAGAGAAAAAGAUUUAAUUCUGUUUUCAUCAGUCAGAUCAGGAGACUCUGUAGGAUUUUUGGCUGAUUAUAGAAGAAUGAAUGUGGCUAUAACAAGAGCGAAGUUUGGGCUGUGGAUUGUGGGGAAAGCUGACUGUUUAAAAAGAAACGAAUUUUGGGGUAAAUUUAUAGAUUCACUUAGAAAAGACAGAUGUGUGGAAUGUAAUAUGCUUGAGGAAGUGGAAAGAGUGCUAAUUCCUUGUAAUGCUGCACAAGAUGUGAUUGAAAUAGAAAGCGAUAAGAUGGAAAUAGAAGAAGAGGAAGGUGAAAUCCAAAAUAUGAUUAUUGAAGCUCCAGAAAUCAAAGAAGAAACUAAAAAAAGAACUGAAAAAAGAGCCAAUGAACUUAUAAAAGCUUCUGCGCUUGAUAUAAUAAAUAGAAGUUAA